AUGGAUUUGGCUGACGUUUAUAAAGAUGCUCAAUGUGAUCCCAAUGUUAAUCCAUUCAUUAAACGUAUUUAUUACCUUAUGAAAGAACCCCAGUACUUGGAAUGGAAACUUAAUAACGAUCCAAACGUUGUUGAUGAUGAUGCUCGUGAAGAUAUACUCCGAAGAAAACUCGAAUCAAUUAAACGAUGCGAAAGAAUUUCUCAAUCUCUUGAUGAACAAAAUAUUGGUUUAAAUACUUAUUCUGUUUGGUUACGUAAAUUUAAGAAGAAUUCUACUAAGCUUGAUAAUGUUAUUUCAUUACCCGACUGGGUUAGAAAACAUUCAAAUAAAUGGAAAGAUGAUAUUGAUGCUGAUAAAAUUAUUGGUGCUGGUUGUCUUACUGAUAAUGAUAACCCCGAUGAAAUGAAAUCUCGUAGAGCUAUGACAAAGGGUCCUAAGAAAGAUGCAACUGAAAAGAAACCAAAGAAACCAGAAUCUAAAGAAUAA